CAGGUGUCCCUAAAUUCCGUGCUCCUGGGUUUAUGCACGUCACAUACAAACACGUGGGCUCGGAGUAUGUUUUGGGUCAAAGAGGAGAGAUCAUGUACAACCCUACCUUCACCGAAAGGUUGUUCGAAAUCAGGGCUAAAAAUAGCGCCGGCCAACAUAGCUGCUUCAACUACCGUUCAGUUAUAGUACGGUGCAUCAGUGAAAUGAAGCGUCGGGCAAUCGCAGAGGAGGAAGCUAAGAAUGCAGCCAUAGAACAUGACAACGACAAAGUCAAAGAAAGCAAACGCGCGAACAAAAGACCGAAAAAAAAGGAAAAGAAGAAGAAAAAGAACACACCCUCGUACGACAUGGUCACAGCUAUACGCACCAUGACAACCGUAUUGCAGGCGCCAGCAGAGAUGUACGCUGUGGACGUGUCCAGAGACGAAGGUCAGGCAAUCAUGCAGAACACUUUCAGCAGCAGUGCGGGGGGUUUCUUCAACUUCAGCAGAGCCGCCAUAUAGUACGUGUGAAUUAAUAAAAAUGCAUAUACAGUGUACUCGGAGAGGCUGUGUGCACGGUAUCCUGCGGUUAAGGGGACGGUGUAUAUUCAGCUCAGAUGUGUAUCCGGUACAGUAUUGUUUUGCAC